GGACUUGAGGGAUUAAAUGGAAGCACAUGAUGGUUCUGCCCCGUGAUUUGUCAGAGAGUUUGGUCACAGCAGUCAUUCCCCUUCUUCUUCUUUUUCUUCUUCCUUUCUUCUCUUUCUCUCGGUACACUGGCUCAUGGCUUCUCCUCGCCUGGAGACGUUCUGCUGUCCGAACCGGGACGCGGCCACAGACUUCGUGGUGAGUUUCCAGCCGGUUCUGUUCGGGAUUCUGAGCGCCAGCAGUGCCGCCUUCAGUCUGGUCUGCGCCUUCAUCCAGAUCCUUCCCAAACGCAGGACUUACAGGAGACUGGGCCAGUACCCUCUGCCCAAACCCGCAUCCUCCUCACGGAUCCUCUUCAUCAUCAGUGUGUGUGACAUGCUGGGAUGCACAGGUAUCAUCGUAAGGUCAUCUGUCUGGCUUGUUCUGCCGAACAUCACUGACCGCAUCACAGAACCCAACAGCACGGAUGUCUGGCCAGAAGUCUUCUGUGUUGGCAGCUCAAUGUGGAUCCAGCUGUUUUACAGUGCUUCUUUUUGGUGGACCUUUUGUUAUGCUGUUGAUGUCUUCCUUGUGGUAAAAACAUCUGCAGGAAUCAGCACCAUUGUCCUGUACCACAUGAUUACGUGGGGUUUGACUCUGCUGCUGUGCAUUGAAGGCGUGGCCAUGCUCUACUACCCAACCAUCUCUGAUUGUGAACACGGCUUGGAGCACGCCAUCCCUCAUUAUGUCACCACGUACGCCCCCAUGCUGCUGGUCCUCAUUGCCAACCCCGUGUUCUUCAAUCGGACCGUAUCUGCAGUGACAUCUUUACUGAAAGGAAGACAAGGAAUCUACACGGAAAACGAGAGACGGCUAACCAACGAGAUCAAAGUACGCUUCUUCAAAAUAAUGCUGGUGUUCUUCAUCUGCUGGAUUCCAAACAUCAUCAACGAGAGCCUCCUCUUCUUCUUGGAGAUGCAGAUGGAUGUCAGUGACGUCCGCUUCCACAACAUCAGGAACGCGGCGCUGAUCACGUGGUUCGUCAUGAGUAUCCUGAACCCCAUGCAGGCUUUUCUCAACACUUUGGCUUUUCACGGCUGGACGGGUUUUGAUUUGGACUUCAGCCUGCAGAGGAAGAGAGAGAUAUUCUGGGAUUCACUUUCUACCUCAGCACCCAACACAACCAACCACAACCCCACAGCAGGACCCACUGUCCUCUACGAGGGACACGUCCAAGAAGCCAAGAAAAACAACCUCGGCAACGGACACCACACCUCCGACGCCAACAGUAUCCUCUCAGAAGGUUCAGAGUCUAGUACACUUGAAAUCCACGUUUCCAAUGAGCCACGCAACUAUGAUGAUGUAGACUCUGACGGAGAAUCCUUGGAGAACUCUGUGGGGUGCUAGCUGAGGUCACUGUCGACCCCCCCCCCCCCCCACACACACACCACCUACCCGCCUUUUCUUCGAUACCAUUACAUUCUGGACAGCUUCCUCCUAUCCUCCUUUUGAGUUUACCCCCAGACGGGUUUUGUGAGAAUAACGGGAAUGCUGGAGUAAGGUUUAUAUUACGAGACCAUUUCUUAUUUUUAUUAAACUUUUAAAUGGGUCUGCAAAACAAUACGUAUUCCUGACCCCCAUCAACUGCAGCCAGAGUCUUACAUUUCCUGCACAGUCUCUUGCAAAGAAAUUUAACUAACUUUGUCUACAUAUGUGUCAGCACAACGUGUGCACAUUGUGUGAACUGAGUAUUUUCCGAUUGUUGCUGUUUGAAUGAUUUUCCAGAUUAUUUCUGUUAUCCUCCUCAUGUCACAGCGAUCUACACACAUUCUGAAUAUAGAAAAUGUUUUGGCUUGUCCCACUGUUGCUUGAAGUCAGAUAUAAUGUAUAUCCACACCUACACGGGCAUUUUGGAAAGUGUGGCUUUUGUCACUUCAUUUACAUACAAGCUGGGUUUUAGGUCUCUGAAAACUGUGCUUUUGUAAAACACUUCUUGUUUGAUGAUGCACUGUGCUUUCAGGUGGAAAGGAUAUUUUUAAAACAAUGUCUGCUUGGAUGGGAUUUAUAAUUUUUUUUAACUAAGGCAUAAAACCGCCAUUUUCAAAAAUACCUGUGUACGUGUGGACGUUGCCUCAUUCUGAAGAAAUGGCUGUAAUAUGCAGAAAUAUGCACUCAACCAUAAACUGUAACCAGCUAUUGUUAGCACAAGUGUGCCCAGGUGCAUUGUACACAUACUAUUUACAGAGUAACAGGAUAUGUAUUAUUUGAGCAAAGGUAUUGUAUUUCCAGUUUACACAAUUCCACCUAUCAAUUUUGUAUUUUUGCACACUUCUGUUUUGUACAAAAAAAAAAUUAAAACUGAACAUUUAAG